AAUCUGAUAAACGUCAUAUUUCUAAACAGCUGUUCCGUCAGAAAGUGCAAUAUAUAUAGAUAUACAUAUUUAUAUAUAGGUAUAUGUGUGUAUGUGUGGCUGUGUACGAGAUUCUUUCGGAAUCAUCUGGAACCGCUCGAGACUAAUUUCAUUUUCCACAAUUUUUCUGCACAUCACGUCAAAAAUUAUUGUUCACUGAAAAUAGUGCUCCUCGUGAAUAAUCAAUAUGUAUGAAAGAAAAUUGAAGGCCCUUGGCUAUAUGGAGUGGGAUAAAGUUAAUGGAAAUAAUACUCAACACUUUAGAAAAGUAAUUGUAUGGCUAGAAGAUCAAAAGAUACGUUAUUAUAAAAUAGAGGAUCGUAAACAGUUAAGGGACAUCACAUCCCUAGAAUGGCCCAAGGCUUUUGAGAAAUAUUGCAAUGACAUGAAGUGUCCAAUAACAAAGAAUGAGGCUGAUCAAUUAGAAUGGUUCCUAGGCUAUGCUGUUUUGCUCGAAUUUGAAGAUGAUUGUCAGAAAUAUCAACAAGUUGUAGGAAGUAAAGCAAAAGUUAAGGAAGAAGUAAAGGUACCUUGUAUCAAAUCCACAAAUCCUCUAGACAAUUUAGAUUUCGAUAGUGAUGCUUUCAAGACUGGGGUUAAUUCAAUAGCAAAAUUGCUAAAAGUACCGAAACAUUCUGAUCAUCUUGUAACGCUACAAGCAUGUAGCAAACUCAUAUGUAAUAAAUUGAACGCAGAUGCGAUUAAGCAACCAAAUAAUACCAUAACUGUCAAGGAUAAAUCCCUGACGGCAAUGACUAUAGGAUCCGGCUUUAAUAUGGGUGACAUAAUGCUAGACAAUGCUGCCAAAGGCCUUUCUUUGCUGUACAUACAAGAUCUCAGGAAUCUUCAAACGAAGAUUAACGAAACGAUAGUUACUGUACAAAAUAUAACGGCUAAUCCGAAAACGGAUACCAAAUUAGGAAAAGUUGGUAAAUAAACGAUUAUUCGUGUCAUAUUCUCUUAUUUUCUAGAAUUACAUGUAUUUAAUACUUUGAAUGAAGAACAUGGAGUAUAUCAAAUUGGAAAAAUAUUCCUUGUUACAUAUGCGUAUUAAAGCAAUCUUGGAAAUACCAUGAAAUUAUUAAUCGUACGAUUAAACGAGAUAUUUAUCAAAAUAGAAUAAGAUAAAAAAAUUAAUUUAUUUUUACUUUGUGCCAAAUUUGGUAAUAUGUCGAUUUCGGUAAGAAAUAGCACUCAUUUUUUAUUCUUAUAGAAUCGAUAUUUCGUAUAUAUGAAUAAACAUAGACUUUUGCUAUUGUAACAAAAUACUCAGCUUUUGUACAAAUAAAAGUUAUCCCAUUAAUUUAUUUAUGCACAAAUAAAUUGAGGAUAUUGGAUAAGAAGUUGUCACAUCAUAAUAUAUAAUAAUAAAUAGCGAGCAAUAAAUA